AUGGACCGCUCGCGCCGGAUGCCUCAACGUCGCCGCCCUUUAGGAGCUUCUGCUUCUCCUACCUCUACUUCAGAGGCUUCCUUUGACUUUAACCCAAUCACGAGCCCUGUUGUCGCUCAGACUAAUACCACUCCUGGUGGUCGUCGCUCUACCAAACCCCUUCAACACGCCUUCACUUUCUCACCUCCAAGUAGUAGUCGUAACUCAAAUCCCAAGAGGCGAUCUACUACUAUGGAUAAUUUCCCAAUGCAAGAUGAGGGUGAGCAUGGCCCAAAAAAGGGCGGACACAGUCUCCGUAAGCGUGCUCGUGUGGAUUACACAUUUGAGCACAUUGACGAUGAUGUCGUUGUCCCCAACUCGACAUCUUCAGCACGCGGUAAGAAGCGAAGGUCAGAAAUCAAUUUUGACACGGAUGACUUUUACAACAACGACUCAAAGAGAAGAGGCGCCUCUAUGGGUGCCGAUACUCCGUCAAGCCGACGGAGGAAUCCGACACGCAAAUCCAGUGACCUGAAAGCAUUUCAUCAGGCUGCUUUGCAGGAUGACGAUAACGAAGUCCAAGACACCAUCGAAGUUGGUGCAUACUACUCAGAUGUUGACGAUUCUGAACUCAGAGAUGGUGCUGAUUCAAAUAACUCAUCCCCCCAAUCCAAAAUGUCACCGAAAACCUCACCCCAGAAAUCGCCCCAAAAUGAGUCGACAAAAAAUGAGCUACCAGCACCGCAAUUUCAUAACGGGUUUCAGAUUGGACCUGCAACAGAAAAUGCUGCCUCAAGUUCUGAAGUCAAUCAAGUUCUCUCAGAAAAACCUUAUCCUGCUGUGGAACAUAUAAGCAACUCUAUCGAGGAACUUGUAUCUCAGCCUGCAGAGCCGCAAGCCGAAAACUUCCCUAACGCGGAACCUGAGCCAGCAACUUAUAAUUACCAACAACCUUCGACUACAUUGGAAGCUGAUUAUCCAUUAACUCCUUUGGAAACGGCGGUACCAAGUACAAAACCUGAGCCAGCUGCUAGUGCCACUGCACUGACAGUGCCAGAUAUCAGCAUUAAAGCGGAGGAGGCAGAGCCCGCGGCAGUGUCAGUGUCAGCGCCAGAGUUGGCACCGACAAUAGCACAAUUGCCUAUUACAGCCGAUGAGAACAAUCAGAGUGAAUCUACCCAUUCACCUAUUGUUCCUGCAUCCCAACCAGAGCCUGCAAAUAUCAUUAGCGAACUCCCUCCUGCUGAACCUACUUCACAACUUAAUCCAGAACCCGAAUCUCUCACCAGCAGCACCACAACUAUCAUCGAAGAAAAGGAAGCACCUCACCAACCAGUCGUUGAACAAGUUGAACAAGAGCAAAUACUGGAACCACCUACUCAGCUACCGGAUCAGCACCAAGAAGACAAAAUGGACAAGAUGGAUAUAGAUCCUCUUCUGGAGGAGAAUGUUCCUCAAGAUAUCGAAAUGACUGAUGCCGUUGCCAUUGAUACUCCAGCCGCGCAAGAUAAAGUUUCUACGCCUUCACCUGAACCUACAUCUACAUCAGCACUUGGGCCUGCAGAUUUGCCAUCACCGUUGCCAUCAAAUACAAUCUCCUCAUCACCACCAAAGUCGCCCGCUAAACUACGGUCGCCAUCGCCAGCUCAGGAAGACGAACAACUACCUCAGGAAACUACCAUUCCCUCUCCAAACGUCAAUACUGAUGAAAUCCGCAUGUCUGUGGAGUUGAGUAACGGCCACCAAACUGAGACUGAGAACGUGAACAAAGAGGUUGUUGAGGAGAACAACGAGGACAAAGAACCAGAAUCAGUUGAGAUGCCAGUCACUGCAGAUGAGCCGCAGAUCCCAGAUUCACCUCAAAAUCACAUCACUCAAGAGGAACCAGCCAUUGUUUCGAGUCCUAUCGAACCGAAAGCUCCUACGCCCCCUCCCGCUGAGACCAUCGAGACCCCAGCAUCUUCUGCGCCUUCAGAGACAAAACCUAGUCCUCAAAAGCCUGUCGCUCCUCGAGUUCCCCUGGAGUUUAUGCCACAACCUACUCCGGUCGGGCGCUGGUCUCAUCUUAAGCCUUAUGUCGAAGGCGAGUUCACGAUGUAUCCAGAAAAGAAGGGUAAUGAAGACGGCAAUGAUGAUGUGACCCCAGAAGGAAAGGAUGCCGAUCGAGACGCCGACAUGGAGCCUAUGGUCGAUGAUCAAGAUGAUGCAGGACUCGAAGCUCCCACGCCUGCACUUAACACACCUACUCGUGGCUCUCCUGUCCCAGAUUCAGCAGAUCCAACCGCCCUCAAUUCGCCUGCUCCUGCUGGUGAGGAUGGUGACGAGGCUGACGAGUCUCAAGAGUUGUCAGAGCGCACCCGAUACUACAAAUACCGAAAGCUAAGAGACCCCGAGGAGUACGUCUCGGUUCUCGAGAAUUAUGAAGAUAUGUCUACUGAAGAACUUUACGAACUUCUCGAAGCCGUCAAUGUCUCUAUGGUUCAGUGGCAGGACGAGUGGACUGAGCAAGGCGCAAUUGUCGACGACUAUGAGAACUCUCUUCGUAGACGAGCGGCUGAUUCCAAAUAUGAGGCCCGUACUCGCAACCUUCAUCAACAUGGUAUCAACUACGAGGAGCCUGAAUUCGCCGUCAAGGGAUACAAGUCUCGUGAAAAGGAAGGCCUUACCGAGACUCGAUAUCUCCAAGGACAGGAUCGCAUCAUGGCCGCUACUUACGGCUUUGAGUAUGAUCCUCAUCCUUCAAAGAUAGGCAAACAAAACCCCGAGACACAACAAGUCGGAGUCAUGACUCGCGGUCGAUCUUUGCGAAAUCAGCCUAGACAAACCGCCAAGGCCACAGAGGGAGAGGAGGUGGUCGGCAAACGCCAACGAAAGCCCGUUCAGCUUUUCGAUCCCACGACACAGGAUGUCAGCAGGAGCUCGACACCUGUGCCCGCCACUCGAGCCACUGGUCGUCGACGCAAGAAUGCCAACGCCGAGGACGAACCGCAGACCAAUCUUGCAGUUAGCUUCACCAGCGAGGUUGUCUCGGAUGGCGAAGGUCCUAAGACCAGACGCAAGCGUGGCAUUCGUAGCAAGAACACUGUGCAAGAGGAGGAGGCUGUGCCAACCCCAGAUACCGAGGAAGCAGUUCAAGAAUCGCCUCAAAAGCCCACUCGUCGGGGCCGUGCCAGACCUGCUGUCAAGUAUGAGGAGGCAGAUCCCAACGAGUUUGUCGACGAAGAACCCCAAGAAGAGGAAGAAGAGGUUAUGGAGGAGCCAGAAGAGAAUGAGAAAGUAAAAGAGGAGAAACCAACAGUCCGACGACAUCUCGUUACCCUCAAACUUCCCAGUGGUUACUUUGAGGCCACGCCCGAGAUGGAGAUUGUCGACAACGGUGACUCGCGCCCGACUACUGCUUGCUCUGAGGAGUCUUCUCAGACUGUCGAAUCGUCCUAUUCUUUCCGACCUAAAAGACAGAAGCGUUUCCGAGACGAUCCUGACGAAACUGAAGAGUCAGGCCAGGCACCACCAAAGAAGAGAGGCAAACGAACAAGCGGCGGUACCACUGCUGCCGAAAUCCCAUCAACUGCAUCGACACCUGCUCCAUCUACUGAACAGGCACAGCCCAUCAACAGCCGCAAGAUUCAGAAGAUCAAGGUUGUCAGGUCUGGUCAGGAUACCAAGAAUGGAGGCACGCCGCAAGCAACGCCGGCACCUCUUCCCCCUCCUCCACCACCUGCCCCAGCUACCCCUACCCCUACCCCUGGUCCGGUCGAUGACAACGAUGAUACCCCCAAGGACUACAAGUCGAUGACCAAGUCCGAGAAGAUGUCUGCCUCCAUGAAGAACCGUUGGGCCAACGGCAAUAUGGCUGGAGCUGUUGAAAAGCGUAAGGCGACCUUGGCGGCUAAGAAGGCUGCCCAAGCGGCAGCCGAGCAAAGAACGGGUGUCGUCGCGCCUAAGCCCAAGGGCAAGACUCCCAUGAAGAGAGAUUCUACCCUCAAGAUGCAGAUGGCACCAGAGCAGCCUCAGAUGCCACUACAGCAGCAGCAGCAGCAGCCGCCACCUCCACCACACAUGAUGCAUCAACAACCGCCUCCUAUGCACCCUCAUCAACAUCAGCACCAUCCUCAUCAAUACCCGGUUCAUCACCAACACCCCCAGCACCAUCAUCAGCACCCUCCUCCUCCUCCUCCUCCCCACCCAGCUCACAUGCAGCAGAUGCAUCACCCCCAGCAUAUGCCUCCUCACCCGCCGCCACCACCGCCGCAUCAGCCUGGAAACCCACCUCCUCCUUUCAUGCAUGGCCACGGUCAACAUCCCAACCAUGGUCACAGCCACGGGAUGCCUGGGAUGGGAUACCACUAUUAG